GUAACUUAGACUUCCAUUUGGAUAAUAAUAUGACAGAAAACAUUUUUAAUGAAGAAGGAGAAAAAAUUUACGAUCUGAUGGAGGAUGUUUUAACACAUGUCGAUGAUCCCAACAUAGUUCUUGAAAUAAUAACUAGCCGACAAACUUACUUGAGCAUCAAGCGCCCCGAAAAAAUUGCUGAAGAGCCCUCAGUUAAAAAGCAGUCGAAACCUAGUAAGUUGAAGCCAUCAAUGAAGUUAUACAACAAUUACAGCGCACACAGCGUAUGAUUUUGAUCCUGAACCAAAAUUUGUGUCUAAUAACCCAAAUAAUAUUCAAGUUCUUUUUUUUUUUUUUAAGAAAAAUUUAAUUAUUUAUUAUAUUUUUUUUUAUACACUAAAGCAUCUAUGUAAAUUGACCCAAGAUAGUUUCUUUUAGUUUAUGAAGAUCGGUCAUUAAGGAAACUUAAAUUCAUUUAUGUUUUUGACAAUCUCUCUAUAAUAGCGUAAAUAGAAAAGUAAGUAAGCCAUUUUCUCUUAAAAAAAAAGAAACAAUAGUUUCCUCUAAGUUUAUAACUUUAAAGAUUCGUUUGCCAUCUUUUUACAU